AUGCUUCUGAACCCAUUCCGACCUUGUGAGGGCUCGCCAACCUACCAAGAGGAAUAUCGGGGCAGCUAUGUACCUGAGGUUAUUGAAAAAGAAUAUGGUCUCCAGGUAGUAGCACCGGAUACUCCAUAUGUGGCAGCUGCCGGCCGAAACGCUUUAUACUUCCUUGACACCCGGUUCGAUCCUGAGACUGCAAAGCACAUCAAGCAACAAAUUGAGAAGGCUUCUGUGCCAAACCCAGAUGAGUAUAUCUCUAUAGAUGAGGUUUUGGCUACAGCGGAAAUCAAAAACUCUACUGGCGAAACAACAUUCGUGUUUGACCCCGCCUACGCCAGGGUGCUAUUUGCAAGGGGAAUAAACAGGCACAAUCCUAAGCUUAAACUACCUGUGCAUGAGCCCGCUGGCGAUUGGCUAGUGACCUACGACCUGGAUAAAACCCUUACAAAGCGGGCUGAUAGGUGCCAUGAUAUUGGCUGUCACUACGCCACCGACUGCAAGCAGCACCAUUGUCAGCAAUGCCUCCAUUACAGGGUUGACAAUCAUUGUGAUGGACCAGUACUUAAUGCCGUUAGUAUAUGCCAAGCUAAACCGUGCUCAAAGGCUGUCGACACGCCAAAAGAAGUUGGAGAGGCGGACGCCAGCUACUAUCAACGGAUGGACAAGUUGCACUGGGCGUAA